AACACAUUUAUAAGAUAUAACAUUAGAAAAUAAUAUAAGAUUAUAAUAAUAUUAAAUCAAAUAGCAUGUUAAACGUAACACGAUAUUGCUCCAAGUCUUUAACAAACAAUAGUUUAACAAAAUGUUUACCACCUUGGAGAAAUUUGUUAACGAACAACAAGCCAAGAAUAAACGUAUUCCAAAAUGUUUUUGCACCAAUGGAAAGAAAUACAUUUUUAUUACAAAAGGAAUCACUUAGACGGUCUGGUACAAUAGCAAUAAACUAUUCAUCGAAAGCAAAUAAAAAUGCAGAUAAAAUAGUUGGUUCUUGGUUACUUGUUUGCGGCGGAAUGGUUUUUGUAGCUGUCGCUUUAGGUGGUAUCACCAGGCUUACUGAAUCAGGUUUAUCAAUGGUUACUUGGAAAUUACUUGGAGAAAAAAUGCCAACUAAUGAAGAACAGUGGCGUACUGAAUUUGAACGUUAUAAACAAUUUCCUGAAUAUAAAAUAACUAAUAAGGAUAUGACGUUGGACGAAUUUAAGAGAAUUUGGUGGAUGGAAUAUUUCCAUAGAACGUGGGGUCGAUUAAUCGGUGGUAUAUUUUUAAUACCAGCAACUUACUUUUGGUUUUCUGGUAUGCUUAAAUCAGAAAUGAAAAUACGUGUUGCGGUAUUAGGAUCAUUGAUUGGUUUACAAGGAUUAAUGGGAUGGUAUAUGGUAAAAUCUGGUUUGGAAGAUCGUUUUAAUGAACCUUCGGAUGUACCAAGAGUGUCACAGUAUCGUCUUGCUGCUCAUUUAGGAUUAGCAUUCUUAAUAUAUUCAGGAUUUUUAUACAACGCUCUGAGCUAUUUAAUACCAGCAAAAAAAAUUGGAAAUGGCAGCCUUAGUAUCGAAAAUUUUAAUACUGCUGUAAAAAAAUUACAACCGUUCAGAUAUUUAGUUCAUUCGACGAAAGGAAUGAUAUUUUUGACUGCUAUUUCUGGUGCGUUCGUAGCGGGUAUGGACGCUGGACUUAUUUACAAUACUUUUCCCAAAAUGGGUGGCAAAUGGAUACCUGAUGAUUUGUUUGCUAUACCGGAGACAUUAAAAAAUUUUACCGAAAAUCCAACCACUGCACAAUUUCAACAUCGAUAUCUGGGUAUAUUAUCUUUUACAUUAGUAAAUAUUAUAGCUAUAUUAUCUCGAAAACAUAAACUUCCUGGUUAUGGGAAAACAGCUGUAAAUACUGUAUUGGGUGCAGGCUAUUUACAAGUAUCUUUAGGCCUUUUAACUUUAUUGUAUUAUGUGCCAGUGCCACUUGCUGCGGCUCAUCAGUGCGGUAGUCUUAUUCUUUUAAGUAGUAUACUCUGGCUCUGCCACGAGUUAAAAUAUGUCAAAUAUGUAAAAAAGUUGGUCAAGUAAAAUUGUUUAAAGUCUUGUUAUACCUAUACUACGAUAUUUUAAAUAAAAUAAAAAAGUAUAUUGAUGUA